AUGACCCGCCAUCGAGUGUCACGCGCGCCCAUCCAGAAUACGGGCAACAUCCAAGGUGCUAACGUCAAGGCAACUGCAGCAAAGGCGACCUAUUCCGUUCUGGAGAAACCUCUGGGAACCGCCAAACAUGUCAGAAUCGUGGGCAUCGGAGGUGGGGCGAGUGGCAUCAACCUGAUACGGACCCUUCGGAAGAACGUGACAAACUACGAGCAUGUCGUCUACGAAAAGAACAGCCGGGUCGGAGGUACUUGGUUCGAGAACCGCUACCCAGGCUGCAGAUGCGAUGUGCCUAGUCACAAUUACCAGUUCUCAUGGCGACCCAACCCGGAGUGGUCCAACUUCUUUUCGCCUGCCGACGAGAUCGAGCAGUACCUGGACCGCAUCAUAGAGGAAGAGCACAUGGAGGACUCGAUCAAGACGCAGCACAAAGUCGUCGGUGCAUGGUGGAACGAGACUCAGGGGCUUUGGGAUAUCAGUGUCAUCAACUUGCAGACUGGCAAGGAGUUCAAAGACCAGGCCAACUUCCUCGUUGACGCCUCCGGCAUUCUGAACAACUGGAAAUGGCCCGACGUUCCGAACCUGAAAAGCUUUCAGGGAGAUCUGAUACAUACUGCACAUUGGCCUAAAGACUUCGACUAUGCUAACAAGACCGUUGCUGUCAUCGGUAAUGGCUCGUCUGGAAUCCAGCUGCUGCCCGCGAUUCAGCCAGGUGUCAAGGAGUUAUAUCACUUCGUUCGAACACCUACAUGGAUCGUCCCUCCCCGUAUCAUGACCAUGAAGGUCAUAGGAGGCCCAGCGAAGCCCAUGCUGAGUCAGAUCGAACUUGACGAAAAGGAGAACUUCACACCGACCCAAAUCGAGAAGUUCAAAAGCGACCCUACUUUUUACCGCAAGUUUGUCAAGGCUAUCGAGCAGGACAUCAACGGGGCUUUCCCUAUCGUUAUCAACGGUAGCCCGAUACAGGCACUCGCAACGAGCAAGGUGGUGGAAUACAUGACCUUCUGCCUCGGUGGGGACGAAAAGCUCUGCGAAGCGUUGAUACCGAAGUUUCCGCUGGGUUGUCGACGGAUGACGCCAGCGCCAGGCUACCUUGAAGCUCUGCGUGCGCCCAAUACCACAGUGAUCACGGAGGGCAUCGCCGCAGUCGUACCCGAGGGCAUACAGCUCGAGUCGGGCGAAAUCGUUAAGCUGGACGCUAUCAUUUGCGCCACGGGUUUCGACACCUCUUUCGCGCCGCGGUUCCCCGUCGUCGGGAGACAUGGCAAUCUCCAGGAAACGAUGCAGACGGAGAUACCCAGGGGCUACAUGUCUUGUGCACUUCCGGGCGUACCCAACUACUUCACCUUCCUCGGCCCCAAUGGCCCAAUCGGCCACGGCAGCGUGUUUACGCUGAGCGAGCACAUCGCCAAGUACAUCACGGGAGUCAUCACCAAGUGCCAGACAGAAGGCAUCAAGGCGAUCGUGCCGACCGACGCCGCCGUCGCCGACUACAGCGCGCACAUCACGACCUUCAUGCCGCGCACCGCGUGGGCGGCGCCCUGCCGCUCGUGGUUCAAGGGCGGCGCCGCCGAGGGCCCCGUCACGGCCCUGCACCCGGGGUCCCGCAUCCACUUCUUCCACAUGCUGGAGCGCUUCCGCGGCGAGGACUGGGAUUACGUCUACGACUCGCCCGCGCGGAACCGGUUCGUGUACCUCGGCAAUGGCUUCUCGACCAAGGAGCUCGACCCCCUGGGCGAUCCGACGUGGUACCUGGACGAGGAGGGCGCGCUGGGACAUUGA